AGCUGUUACGUGAAGGAACCAAAAAAAAAAAAAAUUCAUUAUAAAUAUACGGUUGCAUCCAAAUAAUAAGAUUUAUUUAUGAAAAUGCGAAUAUUUUCACUGAAUAAUCGCUUCGCCGCUUUGCGCACACGUAUCAGCGAUAUGUUUACACUCCCCGAGCGUUUUAAGGGUACUGUGGUAGAGAAGUGGGCGCAAUACUGGCAAGGCCUUGUUAGUGAUUAUACGGAGGUGGUUUUCGAUGUAGCCAAAAGUGCACGUGCCAAGCCUCGCAAAGCUCUGGUGAUUGCCGGCACAGGGUACGGUUUGUACCAAUGUGCAAAGCAUAAUCCAGACGAAGAAGCAUUUAUGCAUGCAUUGCGUGGUUGGAGUAAUCAAAUGGCAAUGGUUGCAAAGGCAUUACACAACCCUGAAUCAGAAGCAUACCUGCGUGAGCUUGAGAAAGCCAUCAACGAGAACAAACUUCGCACGUUUUCAUUGGGUAUUUGUACAAUAUUAUGGAUGGAUUUAUAUGAUAAGGAUGACUGCACUUAUCCAGCGAUUUGCCAAUACACUCAAGUCGAUUAUACAAACUUCUGGCAGCGGAUAGUGGACGUGGGCUUCUGGGAUCAUUACUGGCGACUUGAAUCGAAAAUGCAUAAUUUCGAUGUAAACUAUUUAUAAACUCCAUACUACAUACUACCUAGAGUUAAGAAUUUUUAACUUAUGUAGCUUAAAUUUUUGUAAAUUACCAACUGCUUUAUUUCACAAAAAACAAAAGAAAUCUUAC